AGAAGAAAACAAACUGCUACGUAUACAAAGUAGGGCUUUGGGUCACAGUAUCUUUUUUUUCUUUUUACUUCUCCCUCUGUUUGCCGAUUUUAGUCUUCACUUUUCUCUGUUCCAGAUCGUCAUCAGAACUCUUUUUUGUUUGUUACCAAACUCCAAUUCAUCCUCCUUGAAGGUUUUUUUUUUCCGAAGGGAAGAAAGAGACGACCUGCGCAGCGCGUUGGAAACAGAGGCACUGCAUUAAACAUGUCCAAUUUGGCCUACAUCAACCCCGGCGGCAAGCAGGUGCGCAAGGCGGGUGCGUUGGACAUCAAUAUGAUUGCCGCCCGCGGUCUGCAGGAGGUGUUGAAGACGAAUCUAGGACCUCGCGGCACGAUGAAAAUGUUGGUCUCAGGCGCCGGCGCCAUAAAGAUCACAAAGGAUGGAAACACCCUUCUCGGCGAGAUGCAAAUCCAGCACCCUACCGCUGCCCUCAUCGCGCGAGCAGCCACAGCAAUUGAUGACAUUACCGGUGAUGGAAGCACCAGUGUUGUACUGGUGAUUGGUGAGAUGAUGCGCCAAUCCGAGCGUUACAUUCAGGAAGGAAUGCACCCUCGCACGGUUACGGAAGGCUUCCACAUAGCCCGCGAAGAGGCGCUGAAGUUCUUGAUGAACAACACAAUUAGCAUUCCGAGCGAGGAGCGCCGUGAGUACCUCACGAACGUUGCGCGCACGGCGUUGACCACGAAGGUGAACGCCGGCCUUUCCGAGCAGCUUGCAGAUGCAGUCGUGGACGCCGUCUACGCCGUUGCGGAGGAAGGCAAGGAGGUGGAUCUACAUAUGGUAGAGGUCAUGCACAUGCGCCACCGUUUGAGCUCCGACACCCGAUUCGUGAACGGCAUCGUCCUUGAUCACGGCGGCCGCAACAGCGACAUGCCAAAGAGUCUCGAGAAUGCGUACAUUCUCACCUGCAACGUCUCACUCGAGUACGAGCGAAGCGAGCUCACGACCGGCUUUUACUACAAGGACCCCGCGGAGAAGGUGCGCAUGGUUGAGGCGGAGCGUAAAAUGACGGAUGACCGUGUGCGCCAAAUCAUCGAGCUGAAGAGGAAGGUGUGCACCAAGGAAAACGGACGCACGUUUGUCGUGAUUAACCAGAAGGGCAUUGACCCCAUCGCGCUCGAGAUGCUGGCGAAGGAAAACAUUCUUGCUCUGCGCCGCGCGAAACGGCGCAACAUGGAGCGUCUCGUGCUGGCGUGCGGCGGCGAGGCGGUGAACGCGACCGACAACCUCACCCCUGAGAUCCUCGGCGAGGCCGGGCUCAUUCAGGAGUACACGUUGGGCGACGACAAGUACACCUUCGUGGAGAAUGCCAAGAAGGGGAAGAGUUGCACGCUGUUGGUGAAGGGUCCGAACGACCAUACUAUCGCCCAAAUCAAGGAUGCGGUUCGCGACGGACUGCGGGCAGUCAAGAACGCGUACGAGGCGUCCGCAGUUGUUGCAGGCGCCGGCGCGUUCGAGGUCGCUCUUCACGACCACCUAAUGAAGUUCGCAGACAACAUGAGCGGCAAACAGAAGAUCGGCGUUCGCGCGUACGCGGAUGCCAUGCUUGUCAUUCCGAAGACGCUUGCAGAGAACUCCGGCCUCGAUGUCCAGCAGUGCCUCAUCACGCUUCAAGAGGCCAGCAGGGCGGCCCGCGCGAAUGGAAAAUGGGCCGGCCUUCGCAUUGAGAAUGGCGACGUCCUCGACCCCGUUGCGGCUGGUAUGCUCGACAACGUCAUCGUCAAGAAGAGCCUUUUGGAGUCCACUGGUGACAUUGUUGCCCAGCUUCUUCUUGUGGAUGAGAUCAUGAAGGCUGGCCGUCGUGGCGCUGGCGGGCAGUAA